AUGAGCACUAGUACGAUUUUCAUCAAACGACCGCUGAACUACCGCCAGAGUUUCGCGCUGCUCAAGGAAAAGUACAAGGACUUGUCCCCGGCGUUGUCACUGAUUUUGUGGACCAUUUCGGGGAUUUACGCGGCUUCGAGGAACAGUUUUAACCAGAAUGUCUCCGGAUUGAUUUUGUCGUUUCUCGUCUCAGACCUGAUAGUUAUGACUUUUGCCUCUAUCGUGCUCUGUAAAGGGCUAAUCGACAAAAGUAUAAUCCUGCUAAUACCGUGGAUGAGCCUCACGGCAUACAGUCUCUAUUUUACGCACUACCAAGGCAUCGUAAGCACGUUAACAGUCCUAAAACGACUGAAGAAGAUAUCGUGGUUGCCCUGGAGCAGCAUAGUUGCGAGCGUUCUGCUCCUGAUUGUGCGCGGGACCCUAACCAUACGAAUGUUCCAACUAGGCGUACACUUGUGGUUUAGAAAGAAAUUAAACGAACUUAAAGCAAAAGAACUGUAAUCAAGCCCUAACUUAAACACACGUUAUUUCCACCUGUACUUGUGAAAUAAAGGAACAGAAAAACUCAA